UUAUGUAUUCUCAUUAAUUUCAAAUAUUCGACUAUAUAUACACAGUUCAAUUCUAAUUGGCUUAGAAAUUAUCAACAUAAUUCUUAAUUAAUCUAAACGGUACUAUUACGAAGUGAAUCACAGCAUUCCAUUAAGGCAAAAAUUUUUAAGAAAUCUGUAGUAAAACGUUUAAACAUUUUAGAAACAAGAAAUAAAAAGUACACUCGUAUCCCUGCGCAGGGGAUCAUGAAAAAGAAUCGAGUGAGACAUAUUCAAAAGAAUUUGAACCGAAAAAAUAAUUUGGGAAAUAUAAAUAUAUCAAAAAACCAAGAAGAAAAUCAUGCAUCAAAUGAAAUUAAUGAACAUGUAGAAAGCUUUCCUAACACUAUAAAUAAUCGAAUGGCCGAGGAAUCAAGAAGUCAAAACAAUCGUACAGUCCGUCUCAAUGCCGCAUCGUUAGAGACUUUACCAGGUCAAAAUAAACUCUCAGACUUAAAAAGAAAAAAGUCUGAGACAUUAUGCAUCAAGAUGUUUUACAUAAAUCCAUUUUAUUGUUUUGGACACCACCUCUUAAAAAGUCUGAAACAUUGGAGGAUCAAAAAUCUAAAGCAAGAAAAAUGUUUAACAAUCCUACUCAUCAUAAUCAAAUGGCUGAUGAUAAUGACGCGGUUACUCAAAACGACCAUCGUUAUAAAGUACAGCAAGUAUAUGAUGAUAACACGAAUACUUUUCUGCAGUGGAUUAAGAGAAAAAUAAGUAUGGCGAGUGGGGACUGUUAUAAUACUAAUUCCAUGACAGCAUAUCUCAAUUUCAUAUUUAUUAUUUCUAUAUUACAUGGUUUGUACGGUGGCUGCGUCGGUUAUAAUUCAGACUUUAACGCUCGGCAUACGAAGUUCAAACCCCGCCCGUUAAAAUGACUUUUUAUUUAUUUUUUCUUAAUUAUUUAUGAGUUAGAAUACAAUUUUCAACUCAUUUGAUUUUUAUCUCAUUUAGAUUCAAUAUUUUCAAUAAAUAUCAAGGAUCUCAUCACUGUAGACUCCCCUCGUGAGAAGAAAUUUCUUAUUCAUGUUACUAUAAUUUUACUAUGUGGUUUAUUUUUGUCACUACGAUUUAUUUUCCCAGCCCUAACUUGACCUACUUUUUUCAAUGAUACGUCAAAAAUUAUUACAAUUCAUAUUUAG